AUGACGUGCACGUGGUUCCCGCGUGCGAUCGUCAAGCAUCCGUGGCUGGUGGCCGGCAUCUCGCUCGGCAGUGUCAUCCUUCUCGGCGUCUUUGCGCUGGCCGUGUUUGGCAUCGAUUCGGGCGGCGGCGAUGGGACAGGCAUGUUCCUCGCUCUCGGCGAUGCCAUCGUCCGGCAGGGUCUUGCGUAUGAGGCCAUCCUCAAGUUCUCGCAGGAUGGCGUGGUCAUCCCGCAGCAGAGCGAGGCGACCGAGAGCUUGGUCGUCUUCUUCUCGGCGCACUCAGGGCGAGCGUUCACACCUGAAGGCCUGGCGGCGAUCCGCACGGCACAGAGGCGGUUGAUGAGUGUGGCGCAGUACGAGGACUUUUGCCUCCGCGACUCGGCGAGCGGCAACUGCACGGCGCCGGUCUCACCGCUGCGGAUGUUCUACACCGACGAUACAGGCGAGGGCGAGCCGCGAUGCGGCGGCGGCGAGCUCGAUCAGGCGUGCAUCGACGGGAUUGUGCGGGCGCAGCUCGACGGCAAUGGGACGGUGGUGGGCGAUAACAAGGUGUUCUUCUCGCGGAUGUUCUCGCCGACAACGCUCCGCAAUCCGGUCACCCGGCUCAUCAUCCAGUUUGGCGGGCCGCUCAAGGGCUACAGCUCGCGAUCAGACGGCGAGGACGCACAGGAGGAUGCGUUUAAGACACUGAUGAAGGAGUACGUGCAGGUGUUCAAGGAGCUCGACAACAACGGCGCGGUCUCGGGCUACUAUAAGGUCAAUCACCUCGGGUCGACCAUCAUCUCGCUCGAAGUCGUCUCGUACAUCAUGGGCGAUCUUCUCCUCGCCAUGGGCUCUGUCGUCCUUGUCUACGCCUUUAUGGCGUACUUUACCUUUUCGCCGCUCCUCGCCGCCAUGGGCCUCCUCCACAUCCUCUGCUCCUUCUUUGGCGCCUACUUCCUGUAUCGGGUGGUGUUCCAGAUCAAGGUCUGGCCGCUGCCUGCCGUCCUUGGUUUCCUCCUCCUCUUUGGCGUCGGCGCCGACGAUGUCUUUGUCUUUGUCGACGCGUGGAAGCAGGUCUCCCACCUGCCGGCGGCCAUCACCUCGGAUCCAGUUGCCCGCAUGACGGUGACGUACAAGCGUGCGGCGUCGGCCAUGUUUGUCACCUCGUUCACCACCUUUGUGGCCUUUGCCGCCACUGCGGCCUCGCCGCUCCCGGCCAUCGCCUCGUUCGGCAUCUUCUCCGCCGCUCUCAUUGCCGUCAACUACUUGCUGGUCAUCACCUGGUUCCCGGCCAUCGUCUGGCUGUGGUCGAAGCACUGCGCUCACCGGUGCUGCUUCCGCGCCACCGAUCGGUUUGCGGCGACCCAUGAGCUGACUGCAGACCAAGACGGAGUGGAGCUCGAGGAGCAGGAGGAGGAGGCGAGCGGCCCAAGCUCAGGCUCGGGCUUUGGCUCGGCCACGAGCGAUGCGGAGGCGACAUCGCCGCAUGGAUCAGACGACGAUGGGUCGGUCGUCGGCGAGCACGCGCACAACAUCGAGAACAUGCGGUUCAUGGAGCGGUUCUUCCACAACAUCUACGCGCCGCAGCUGUUCAAGAUCCGGUGGGGCGUGGUGGUGGUCUUUGUCAUUGCACUGGGCCUCUUCAUUGGGCCUGAGAACGGCCUGCCAUCUGGCUCGCAGGCGCACGACGCAGUCGAGCUCAACGAGAACGCCUUUGAUCCCGACCCAGCGUCCGAGGUCAACACCAUCCGAGUCAUCUUUGGCGUAGCGGGCCUCGAGCGAGAGACGGCGUCGGGCAAGAAACUCGACCGUAACGAGCAGGGCAAGGUCGGGCGGCUGAUAUUUGAUCCGAGCUUCUCGCUCGCCCCGCCGGCGGCGCAGCAGUUCCUCGUCGACUUUUGCGCACAGGUCAAGGCGGCGACGUGCGCGUCGUGCGGGACGACGCCGUCUGUGGGCAAUCUCGUCCUGCAAAGCGGGCUCGACGACUCGCGGUGCUUCAUGACCGAGUUUGCGGCGUGGGUGACGACAGUUCGCAACGGAAGCUUCCCCGUGGCAGCCGAUGCGUUCAACAGCGAGCUGGCGGCGUUUCUGGAGACGCCUGACGCAGUGUCGAUCCGAUCCGGGCGCGACGUACUGCUUGACGCGAACGGAGUGCCGCUGUAUGCCGUGCUCAACUUUGUGACGCCCAUCAACGUGGUGGAGAGCAACCCGGUGAUGCGCAAGUGGUUCGAUGUGUGGGUGGGCGUGACGGCAUCCGCUCAGCCGCCGGCUAGCCUCACCACCCGGUUUGCCACCCUCGGCGCCGGCGCCUCGCCCGAGUCGUUUGCCUGGAUGCGGACCUUUGAGCUCCUUGUGGCCUCGGUCUACACCACGCUUGCGAUCUCACUCGCGCUUGCGUUCGGCAUGCUGGUGCUUGCGACAGCGAACGUUCUGCUGGCCAUCCUCGCCUUUGUGGCCCUCGUCACCAUUGCCGGUGCCAUCGUGUCGACCAUGGUUGUCUUUGGCUUCACCCUCGGCGUCAACGAGUCGCUCGGCCUCGUCAUUUGCGUCGGCCUCGCCGUCGACUACACGGUCCAUCUGGCGCACUCGUACAACGAGUCCGAGGCGAGCGGGCAUCUCCCGCGUGCGCGGCAGGCGUCGCGGAUGCGGCUGCUCAAAACCCAGUACGCGCUGACCGAGAUGGGCGUCUCCAUCGUGGGCGGUGCGGUGACGACCCUCUCCUCGGGCGCCAUUCUGGUCUUCUUCUGCAAGCUGCUCUUCUUCAAGCGCUUCGGCUCACUCAUCUUUAUGACCAUCCUCUGCUCGCUCUUCAUCUCGAUGCUCUACCUCGUCUCGCUCCUCUUCACUCUCGGCCCGCUUGGCAACGCCGGUCGCAUCAAGGUUGCCCUCCGCUGGGCGUAUGUCAAGAUGGGCGGGAAGAGCGGUGCCGUCCUCCGAUGGCUCGCGUGA